CAAUAGGAAGUCAGUCUCUUUAUUCUUCUUUGACUUUGGGCCAUACUGACCGAAGAUGUUACGCAUUGGCAGGAUGUGAGUGUAUCGAUCCCCAGCAGAGGUGGACGAUGUUCAAUUUUCCAUCAUGAUUUAACCAGCUUGAUUGGAGUCAUCGUGCAGAGAUGCGGUCUAGGUUACUCUCUACGGCUUCUGACUCAUCACCCUUGGAGAACAUUGUUCAGCUCGGUUCUGCUUAUGUCAUUGUCUUGGAACACUCUUUCUACAUUUUCGACAAGCAACGCUAUCUUCAGGACCAGCGACCUGCUCCCUCUUUUUAUGUCGCUCUCGAGCAGUACAUGGCAUCCCAGCAUGCAGCUGUUGUCAGGGAAGGUGUGAGCGCUGCCGUUCAGGCAUAUGAAGAAGCUGUGGCUACUGCCGCCCACGCAUAUGAAGAAGCUGUGAAGGAUUUUGUCUACACGUAUCAAGGAAACUCGCCUGCUUGGAUGGCAAAAUUACUAUUUGAACGCCUCCAGAGGAAGGCAAGAGCAACUUUUGAAUGCUCUCAGCAGAGGGAGAAAGAAACUUUGUGCUCUCAGGCGAAGGCGGAGUUAACCAAGACUAUUCUCGAAAUCACUUUAAAUAAUCGCCUGCCGAGACCUUAAUGUUGGGCGAUGCAACAGUGUUCCGGGCGGAGUGGAGCUGAGAUGUCCUGGCAAUAAAUGUGGAUUCCUUCUGGUCUGCUUCAGGUCGUGGAAGUAUACGAAAUGGUUGUUUGAGUAUGCAAUAUCAGGCAUUGUAUUGUAUGGUACAUACGUUCAGAUAUCGGCAUAUUCUAUUCUAUUCUAUUCUACAUAUUAUAAGGACACACCUUUGGUCUUCUCUUCGACGACAAA